UCUUUCAAUAAAUUCUCACUCUACCGUCCACGUAACAUUGGUGGAAAAAAAAAUUAUUUAUUCCCCGGUUCAGCGCAAAAUCGCUAAUGCAAUUGGUGAUAUUGUAAGGGAAAUGGUUAAUUGAAUUGGUGAUGUAAUAAGGUAAAAUCGCCAAUUAAUUGAAUUGGCGAUGUAAUGAUGUAAAAUAUAGCACGAAUGAGUAAAAGAACAUUGAGCAAAUCCCGCAUACCAGCUCCCGACUUUUCCUGUCAACCCCUACCAGUAAAGAAUAAUCCAUGACUUUGAUAUUCUGCCAUGAAAGAAAGGAAGAAAGAGAGAUCAGAAAAACCAAAGGUCCUUCUCUUAGCCAAAAUCAGUUCUGGUCAGUGAAAGGAAGAAAGGAAUAAUCAGCUUUGGCCUUAUGUAUUCAGUUACUUUAAGUUAGAAGCUUAUUAUUGAGUUUUGUGUGCUAAACUGGUUGACACAAUGGUUGAUUAUGGAAAUUAUACUAUGAAAUCAAUCAUUUAAGAUGAAAUCAAGCACAGUUAGAUUUCUCAAGACUCCUGAAACAGAAUCUGUAUCCUGAAUUUUUUUUGCAAUGAAUUCAUUUUAUCUACCUGUAUCACAGUAUGGUACCCAUGUCAGUAAUCUAGCAAUGUUCAGUAAUCAACUCAGUGUGGUUUAAGAGGUAAUGAUCAAGAUUGAGUAUUGAGCAUAAUGAGAAGGUUCCUUGGAAAAUAUUGGUAUUCAAACUAGUGAGUGUUGUCUGUUUGUAGCAACUAGCAAGACAAGACACUAGACUUAUGACUUAGAAAUUUCAAAUAUGCAAAAAGAUAAUUUCCAAGAAUUUUCAAUCACGCAUAUUUUUCUUUACUUGUUAUUUUCCCAAGUCUUCUUUAACUCAAAAUAAUUUGAGGCUCAGGAUAAUUUUCAUUUCUUUGCUUACGUUCUACUCCUGACUAAUUCUAUUGUUUCUGCAAUAUAUAUAUGGUUGCAAAAACAUAUAAUUCGUAUUAUCAAUUCUCUCAUAACUAAUUAAGUAUAAGCUAAUUAAGCUAUGUCUUCUUUCUCAAAAAAGCUAAACUUACCCUCCUUUCUUUACUGCAUCCUCUGUGCUAUUUUCCUGUUGUGCUGCCUCCCCUUCUCAGUAGCUGGUAACAAUGAAACAGACAGAUUAGCCUUGCUUGAAAUCAAAUCCAAAAUAACACUCGACCCUUUAGGUGUUAUGAGUUCAUGGAAUGACACCCUCCACUUUUGCGAGUGGUACGGUGUUACUUGUGGCCGCAGGCACCAGAGAGUGACGAGACUUGACCUGGAUUCCUCAAAACUGACAGGUAUCAUUUCUCCUCAUCUUGGUAACUUGAGCUUCCUCAUGGAGUUAUACCUUGACAAUAACAGUUUUGGUGGCACAAUUCCUCUUGAAAUCAAUCGUUUGCACAGGUUACAAACUCUAUCGCUGGAUAAUAAUUCCAUUAUAGGGCAAAUUCCGUCAAAUAUAUCAAGUUGUUAUAGCCUUACAAGUAUAUAUCUUUAUAAUAACAUGCUGGUGGGAGAAAUUCCACCCAUGCUUGGUUCCAUGACACAUUUGCAAUUUCUUGAUAUAGGAUCGAACAACUUGACCGGUAUUAUUCCUUCAUCUAUUGGGAACUUAUCAUCUUUGUAUUCACUCUCCUUGAAAGAAAACAGAUUGGUAGGAAGCAUUCCUGAUAGUUUGGGGAAACUGAGUAAUAUUACCAUAUUGUAUUUAUCUGGCAAUAAGUUAUCUGGAGUAGUCCCACCCUCAAUCUUUAACCUCUCUUUACUAACAAAACUAGAUUUAGGAGUGAAUGAUUUGGAAGGAAACCUCCCUUCAGAUUUAGGCAACACACUUCCACAACUUCAGUGGUUCUCUAUAGGUGAGAAUAGGUUCACUGGACAUAUUCCAGCUUCAAUAUCUAAUUCUUCAAACCUACAAGUUCUUGAGUUGAGUUAUAACCAUCUUCAAGGACAAGUUCCUUCUUUGCACAAGUUAACAAGGCUUACUUUCCUUGUCCUUGACCAAAACUCCCUUGGAUAUGGCCAAGUUGGGGAUUUGAACUUCGUUUUAUCCUUGACUAACGCCACCAAUUUGUAUCACCUUGGGAUAGGUGAAAAUAACUUCAAAGGAGUCUUCCCUAAAACUAUCUGCAACUUUUCUUCUCUCAUAAUUUUGAGACUAUACCAUAACAACAUAGCUGGAGAAAUUCCAGGUUGCAUUGAAAAUGUAGCAACAUUGCAACUCCUUGAUGCUGGUAGCAAUGCACUUUCUGGAGUCAUUCCUCAAGGCAUAGGGAAGCUCCAAAACCUUCAGCAGUUAUUUCUAGGUAGAAACCAAAUUUCCGGGGUCAUUCCAACCUCAAUUGGAAACUUAACUAAAAUGUCUAUUUUAUCGCUUUCAAACAAUAGAUUAGUAGGUCAAAUACCCUCAUCACUUGGAAAUUGUAUAUCGUUAAAUGAACUAGAUCUUUCCAACAACAGUCUUAGCAAGAGCAUACCCCCACAACUUUUUAAUCUACCUGUCUUGUCUAUCGCACUCGAUUUAUCCACAAACCACCUAACUGGGUCUAUUCCUGAAGAAGUUGGGAGACUGACUAAUCUUGGCGCCCUUUUUCUUUCUCAAAACAUGUUAUCAGGUCAGAUACCUAGCUCUCUUGGUAGUUGUGUGUCGUUAGAGUAUGUACUCAUGUCAGCAAACAAAUUCCAUGGCACCGUUCCUGAUACAUUGCAGACACUAAAGGGUCUCCUUCAGUUAGAUUUGUCAGACAAUAACUUAUCUGGGAAAAUACCAAAAUUUCUGUCUAGUCUACAGUUACAAGUCCUAGAAUUAUCCAACAAUAACCUUGAAGGUCAAGUACCUGAUGAUGGAGUCUUUAGUAAUGCAAGCGUUGUUCACAUCAGUGGUAACACUAGGCUUUGCGGAGGAAUACCUGAACUAAAGUUGCCGCGAUGCAGUUUAAGCAGCAACUCACAGAAGAGAAAAUCAGAGAACAGGAAGAAAAAAUUAGCAGCUGCAAUUCUUUCUGGGUGUUUUGGAGUUAUAGUGCUACUGGUUGUUCUUGUGUUAUUAUAUACUCUCAGACACAGAAAGAGGACUAAGAAACCCACAGCUUCAGAUGAUUCAGAAAAUUUUCCAAAUCUAUCUUACCAAACACUUCUUAAAGCCACGAAUGGGUUUUCCUGUGAAUGUUUGAUUGGCAGUGGUACAUUUGGUGUUGUGUACAAGGGGAUACUUGAUGAGGAUGAAUCUACUGUCGCCAUCAAGGUGUUUAAUCUUCAAAAUCAUGGUGCUACAAAGAGUUUUUUGGCUGAAUGUGGAGUCCUCCGUAGCAUCCGACACCGAAAUCUUCUGAAAGUUGUAACAGUUUGCUCAAGUGUGGAUUUUCAAGGCAGAGAUUUCAAGGCUUUAGUUUAUGAGUACAUGGUGAAUGGGAGUUUGGAUGAUUGGCUGCAUCCUGUAUAUUCAAUCAUCGGAGUGGAGGAAGAAAAUAAUAUGUCAAGGCACUUAAAUCUUCGCAAAAGAAUUGAUAUAGCAGUUGAUGUUGCAUUUGCGUUGGAUUAUCUGCACUACCAUUGUGGUGGUUCCGUAGUUCAUUGUGACCUCAAGCCGAGCAAUAUUCUUCUUGAUGAUGAAAUGGUCGCACAUGUGGGUGACUUUGGCCUAGCCAAGUUCCUAUUGAAAGACAUCAGUGACGAAUCCAAUUCCAACCAGUUAAGCUCUGUUGGAGUGAGAGGUACAAUCGGUUAUGCUCCUCCAGAGUAUGGUAUGGGGAAUGAGGUGUCUACCAACGGCGAUGUGUACAGUUUUGGGAUCCUAUUACUGGAAAUGAUUACAGGAAAGAGGCCUACUAAUGACAUGUUCAAGGGAGGGCUAAGCUUACAUGGCUUCGUCAAAGAAGCUCUGCCUGAAAAUGUAAUGGAGAUUCUAGAUCCUGUACUUCUUGAAGACAUAGACAGUGAGGAGACGGAUAGUAUCUUAAUGUCGGAGGCACUGACUUCUAUACUAGGAGUAGCACUCUCCUGCUCAACUGAGUUCCCAAGAGAAAGGUUGGAAAUGAAUGAUGUUGCUGCAAAACUAUCAUCAAUCAGAAACAAGCUCCUCGGAACUCGUUUACAACAAAGGAGGAGAAUUCAAGCAGGAACACGAUGGUGAUCAAUGUUUAACCAAUUUCAGUCAUCUUCCAUGAGCAGGCUUGUGCUAUGGUGGCCGGCCUGAAGAAUAAGAUUAGCUCAUAUGCUUCAGUUAUAUACUUGAUAUUUUUUUCACUUUUUGGUUCUUCUUCUAAAUAGCGGUUAGAGCAGUACGGACUCAGGAUCAGAACAUCAGAGCAACUAUCUAUUUCAGAAUAUAGUUUCUUAAUUACUUAGAUGUGUUACAGUAAACAUUUUCUAAAUCCGUAGCUGUAUUAGGUGUUUGAGAACAAUAGCCGCGUUGAUUGAUUCAUCCAUUUUUUUGGGUGGGAGAAAAUGGUAGUUGUUUUCAUGUAUAGCAGAGGAAAUGGUAGUUGUCCAUUUAAAGGCUUAAUCUUAAAGAAUGUUUGAUUUCUGGUGAAUCCAGAUAGAGGAAGAA